UUUCAGUCAAACAAAAAAUCUCUAAAAAACCAUUUUCACCCUCUUCUCCAUCUCAAAUCUUUCUUUUUUCUUCACAUAAAUUCGUCAAUCCCUUUUCUCCCGCUUAUUCUUAUCUUACAAAAACCUCUUUGAUAUAAUAAUAAAAAUAAAAACACCUUUUCAACCUUUCAUAAUUUUCCUUUAUACAAAACCCUAUUUUUCUCCCUCCGUUUCUCGUGAUCUUUUUCUGAUUCCAAUUAUUCAACGAUCUUUUUCUUUUUCUUCUUCUUUUUUUCUCCGGUUAUAUUCCAUCGGAGAAACUGCCGACGUGGUGGUACCGGCCGUUGAUGUUAACGUGCACAGGGUGCGCGUGGUACAAGAGCUUGAUCAGUUUAAAAUUCGAAACUUUGUUCUGGUGGUGAUUUUUAACCUUUCAAAUAAUCUGAGUCGUACACGUGGACAACAAACUGUUCUCAGUCGUACACGUGUUAGGACAGAAACGAUGGUGGUGGAGUCGGGAAAAAGGAGGUGGGGUACGUGGGAAGAACUAAUCCUAGGUGGCGCUGUUCUCCGGCAUGGGACACAAGAUUGGAACGUCGUCGCUUUGGAGCUGCGUUCUCGUACCAUCUGUUCAUACUACUUCACCCCUGAGGUUCACAUUAAUUUACGCCUGCAAAGCCAAGUAUGAGGAUUUGCAAAAGCGCUACUCUGGCUGCAAUGCUUGGUUUGAAGAGCUACGAAGACGACGAGUUGAAGAACUGAAGCGAGAAUUGCAGAAAUCUGAAUGCUCAAUUGGGUCUCUCCUCACAAAGAUUGAAAGCCUUAAGGCAGAGAGAGAGCGGUCUGCUCAGAUAGAUUAUGGUUUUUGUCACACUGAAUCGCUCGCUGCUGUUGUAAAGUCAGAAUACAUGGAGUCUUUUGGCAAAGACGGUGUAUCUGCUGGCAGCUUCACACUAGAUACCAGGACCAAGUUUUCACCCGAGUUUGAGAGUCCUGCUAUAGCCUCGACUAAAGAGAUAGAUCAAAAGCUAGAAUGGUCGGAGUCUUGUGAGCUAGCAGAGACUGCCAAUGGAAAUGGAGGGGUUUUGAGGAAGAGAAGAGGUAAAAGAAAAAGUAAAGAUGCUGUUUUAGAUAGCAAAAAAGUGAGUGUUGGGGAAAGUGACAAUGUGUGUUCAAUCAGUGGCAUCUCCACUUCCCACUCUAAAGGAACAUCAACCAUUUGCAACCAAAGUACUAAGCCUACCGCCUCUGAUGAUAGUAAAGGAGGAUUAUCUAGACUGAGGGACGACGAUGAUUUGAUGGCAAUUUUCAAUUCUAUUACACAGUCCGAAGUUGCUAUGAUCUUUAGGCAUCGUCACGAUAGCCAGAAGAGAACUAGAUACAAGAAUAUUAUCAGGCAGCAUGUGGAUAUUGAAACAGUAAGAUUAGGAUUAGCCAACGGUUCCAUCAAAUCAGCAGCUGAGCUCUUUAGAGAUUUACUUUUGCUAACAACUAAUGCCAUUGUAUAUUACUCGAAAAGGACGAGAGAAUACAAGUCAGCGAAGGCCCUCAGGGACAUAGUCAUUAAAGCAUAUCGGGACCAUUGCGAAAGCUCUUACCACAAAGCUACUUCUUCCUUGCUCACAUUCUCGACGAUAGGUAAUCUUCCUGUGAAGCCAAGAAGUGCUUGUCCUCGCCCCUCCAAAGACAAACUUCAAGCCAAGUCUUGCAACAAUGUAAAUAGUAUUGCAGGGACUGUAGGAGGAGAUGAUCAUAAACCAAGUGACGCUGAUUCCGAGGUUCCAUUGCAGUCAUUGUUAGCUGCUAAGAAAGGCUUCAAGCGACGCGGAAAGUUCAGGCUUGCUAUGGUAGAUGAGUCUGUUAAUCGAAUAACUAAAGUACCAGGAAAGGAAGUUUGCACGACCUAUACAACUCCGGUAAAGGAGGACCAUCAAUCUGAGAUGGUAACAAAGGAAACGAAAAAGAGCCCGUAAAGGUGAUUUGCAGGUUGCAUAGUCCUUUUUGUGCAUAAAUUUUUUCUUUUCUAACCUUUUAUUUUGCAUGGCCAUAUUUGCAACUGGACUCAACAUGUGGAAGUCAGUUCAAGUGGCUUCUAAUGAAGCUGACAAGUUGUGAAUAAUAAGUUCCAACUUACUGUUACCUGUGUAAAAUAGACCUGUCAGGCUGUUCAUACUUAGAAAAGUUCUAGCACAAGAUAUAAUCCCAAAAGUUUGAUGGAAUUUGACAAUGGGCUUUAUGGAGGAUGAAACGCUCACUUCUGUUGAAAAUCUGGAAAAUGUCGU